UUUUAUUUAUUUUUUUAAAAACAGUAUUAUAUUUGUAUUGUCCCAGCACCUCCUAUUUGCCUCUGGGGGCCUUAUUCAUUAGUUAGCACCAUCCACUUCAUCAUCAGGUUACACGUAGCAGAGGAGCUACGUGACUGCGCUCAGUCAGCCUCAGCUCUAACCAAACCCCGGGAGCGGAAGACUGGAAGCUUCUCACACAGCAUCACCACCUUUAUAGUGGGACUUCUGUGUUCUGUUGGUGGAUUGUUUGCUUUGGAGUGCGUGCACCGGGAGCUGUCACCUCCUCCUCCCCACCUCCAUCUCUCUGCACUCGAACACAUCCCGACAUGAAACUCGGUCUGGUCCUGGAGACUGCGGCGGCGCUUUAUCUGCUGCUCUCACCUGCACAGAGUCUACCUUUGGUGAGCAUAAACCGUACAACUGAAGUGAUAAUGUUUCAAGAGGUGUGGAGUCGCAGCUUCUGCCGGACCAUUGAGAAGCUGGUGGAGGUGGUGCAGGAGUAUCCGAUGGAGGUGGAGCACAUCUACAGUCCCUCCUGCGUGCCGCUGGUGAGGUGUGCAGGUUGUUGCGGGGAUGAGAAGCUGGAGUGUCAUCCAACCCGCACCACAAACGUCACCAUGGAGCUGUUGAAAAUCAGGCCAUCAGAACCGGGUCAGGAAUAUGUUCAGAUGAUGUUCGUGGAGCAUCAGACAUGUGAAUGUAGAGUCAGGAAACCCGUUGUGAUUGUUGAGAGAAAAAGACAAAAAGGAAAAGGAAGGAAGAGAAAGGAGCGACAAAAAUCAAAAGAAUGUGACAGGUGCCAGAUCCCUCGCAGGUAACUGCAGUGGUGACCCAACCCCCUGUUGCAGUGUGGCUCAUUAUUUAUUUCCAGCCCAGUGACGGCAUCAGGAGUCUCCUCCGCUCAUCUAUCAACACUGUGUCCAGCCAGAGACUCAGAGAGCUGGGUCCUCUUGCUGACGUGCCCUUCUGACGACGGGCAGAGCGUUUUGUAAUGACAAGGUUCAAAAGGAAGAAUGUUCUGGUUGGUGGAAACACUGCUGACACAAACAGAUAUCCCUGGGAGCCAGUGCAAUGUAGAAUCAAACCGACUGAUGCCUUUUCUUUCACACUAGUUUUUACCGUAUCAGUUAUUAUAAUUUGUCGAAUUCCUCUGUAUUUAAAGGUGGUUAAGUUUUAAAAUCUAUAUUUAUUGAUACAGGCGAUUUCAUUUAGACCAGCAACAUGUAAAGUGUAUGUCAUUCCUUCUUCAAACUUUAUCCAAGACACCUUGACUUGUCAAAACUGCAGAUGUUGGACUGAGUGUGUAGCUGCUUUGUACAGGUAAUAAUGAAAUGUCGCCCUCUAGUGUCUGUGGAAACUGAUCAAAUCAAAACUGAUCUAUAUGAAAUUAUUUUUUUAGGUGAAAUAUAUGAAUAUAAUCAGACACAGGACAGUCACAAUCAAUCACUACAUCAUAUGAUUAGCAAUCAUCUAUCAGUUAUUUAAGUCACAAUCCCAUAAUUAUUGAUUCUGUAUGAAUCCUCUACAUGUCACGAGACGACAAAUGAGUUGUUUGUAUUUAACUGCCAAUUCACACCAGAAUAAGGGCGAUAUUUAUCAGAAAGGUUUAUCAGCUGACGAUGUCCGCAGAAGAUUAUGUAUGAGAAAAAUAUAUCAAGUUAUCAAAUAUCCUAAUUGUUCUUUGAAUCCUCUCUUUAUUGCUUAAUUGUGAGCAGGGUAGUAAAUCAAACUGCCUUCGAAAUGAACGAGAUUCGGCCAUGUGAGAAAUCAGUUCACUUCAUAAGACCCCAGAAUUUCAUUUCGAUACCUUAUGUUUUUUAUGACAUCACAAUGUUUUUGAAGAUUAUAUAUAUUUAAAAAAUAAACAUGUCUGCUGGGUGGGCCCUAGUGACGCGAG